AUGAUUAUCAUGCAGCUCCUGAACGUGUGGCUCUUUUUGGGGCAAGUUGAGCUUAUUUAUGCUGCGUACUCGUCCACGGGCGUACUUGAUGUGUUUGAGGUGUAUCAGCCUGUCACGUUUGCGCCGAAGAGUCACAAUGGAUGUGACCUGGAUAUGCUAUUGAUGGAGCAUUCCUUUGGUGAAAGCUAUGGCGUGCCAUUUGUUGGAAGCUAUGAGCCCCCAAGUUGCAAAUUUGAUACCGUCAGGAUCAACAUGACUGUCACCUCCAGUGGACACCAGUAUGAUCGAUUGGCACUGAUGUACCUGGGUGAUGCAGAGGUCUUCCGCACCUCGACUGCAGAGCCAACAUCCACGGGAAUCGUGUGGACAUACAUCAAGGAGAUGUCGCAGUAUAAUGCCUUGUGGACUGAGUCGCAGAAACUAAUCUUUGAUCUGGGGAAUAUCAUUACGGAUGUUUAUACGGGACCUUUCAAUGUCACGCUGACGGUGCACUUCUCAUACACGGGGAACGCGAGAAGCGCAGAUAUCAUCUAUCCUAUCUCGGCCAAGAAGUCUGCUUCGAACUCCGCCAGUGCGUUCACGGUUCCAACUGAUAACACAACCGUCUCUUAUACAAUUCCCGACACGGUAUCACGGGCUGUAGUUGCCAUUUCCGCCUGUGGUCAAUCUCAGGAGGAGUUUUGGUGGUCGAAUGUUUUCUCGGAGGAUACAGAGGAUUUCAUAAGCACCGUGGGCGAGCUCUACGGGUACUCCCCCUUCCGAGAGAUUCAGCUCUACAUUGAUGGUAUUCUUGCUGGCGUCGUGUGGCCCUUCCCUGUUAUCUUCACUGGGGGUGUAGCACCUGGUUUUUGGCGCCCGAUUGUUGGUAUUGAUGCCUUUGAUCUUCGCCAACCAGAGAUUGAUAUCUCGCCUUUCCUUCCACUGGUGCAAGAUGGUCAGGAACAUUCGUUCGAGAUUCGAGUCACAGGGUUGAAUAUCACUGGUGGAACUGCCACCUUUGCUGAUACUGUGGGCUCCUACUGGGUUGUCACUGGCAACAUCUUCCUCUACACUGGGGACAAGACAAGCUCAAAAGCCCUGGUCACUCGCAGCAAAACCGUUCCUCACGUGGAAGCUCCUGCGCCUAAAUUCACCGUCACUCGACACCUGGCGCAGAACGAGACCGGCGAAAACGACACAUUGUCAUAUUCUGUAACUGCAGAGCGGACCUUCAUUGCAUCUUCCCCAGAAUAUUCGUGGUCACAAAAACUAUCUUUCUCCAACUACGGCUACCUCAACCAACAAGGAUACAGUCAAGUCAACACACAACUGACUUCUGGAAAGAACACCAUCUCAAAACUCGGAAUCAAAUCAAGCUCCAAUGAAACCACCUUUAGCUACCCUCUCAUCGUCAACGCAACUUACGGCAUUACCACAAAUUCCCUUACAAUCGAUGCAUGGAUGGAACGAGGUCUUGAAAUUAAAUCUACCGGUGGUCCAGGUCUAUCAACCUACACGUUCGUCUCCGGACCAUCCCAGCUCCACACCACGCAGUCCGGCAAUGCGACAUAUAAGUCAGCCACUGGAUCAAGCUCAGCUUCUACUGGUAACACGGCUGAUGAGUUCUCCGGUGUUGCAAAUGGAGUGUCUUAUUCAAGAUCUGUUACGGCUGCUAAUGGGAACGUCGUCUCCGAUACUCAGGGCGGUGCGAAGAAGGUAUACAAGGAUAUGACUGCAUUUGGUCGGGGUAGUGUGCGGAGUAUGCUUGGAAGAGGACCGGGUAGUCCACCCAGUUAG